AUGACAACAAAUUCCCCUCCUUCCUCUAUUGCUUCCAGUAGUCAUCUUAUGCGUUUUGUAGAACAACCCCAAUCAGAAUGGAUUGUUAGAUCUAGACCAGCACAUUUAAGAUGUAUUGCAAUUAAUGCUCAAAGAAUUAGAGUUAAAUGCAACUCAAAUUGGUUAAACGAUGAAAGAAUUUAUUUGGAAAGAUUUGCUGAUCCAACAAGCAACGAGCCUUCAAUCCGUGCUAAUGUCGAGAUUCAACGAGCUGAACUUGAUGCUUGGUUUGCAGAUUUGGGAGAAUUUGCAUGUCAAUGUUGGGCUUUUAGCGAGGAAAAAUCCAAUGAAGAGGAAAAUGAAGAUUUGGAUAGUGAAGAAGAGGAAGAAGAUGAAGAAGAAAAUGAUAGAGAAGAGAAUGAGAGGAAAUCAAAAACACAAAUACAAUUGAAAGAUACCAAACAGUCAAUUAUCCGAUCGGAUAUUGCAAGGAUAAGACUAUCAUAUUUACGUAAACACUUCAAUCAAGUGCCUAUCUCGCAACGAGUACAUGAAGGGAAAACUGUUCAAUUACAAUGUCAUCCCCCAGAAGGAGAUCCGAAACCAGAGAUUUACUGGCACAAAAAUGGUCAACAGCUGUUUUUGGCAGAUCCUUUUAGUAACGGAGAAAAGGAAAAACAGCAAAACAAUCAUCAAAACUUGAUUCAAGCAGGAGACGGAAGUCUUAUUCUUUCAUCUACACAUUUAAGUGACUCUGGAAAUUACAGGUACUCAUAUUAUUCCAAAAAUAAUUACAAAAUAAUUUUUCAGCUGUGA